GACGCACAUAUUCCCGGCUACAUGGACGACACGUUAGACUUGUCAAAUCCAAAUACGGCACUCGAGAGACGUGCGAAAUACAUUCAAGGAAAUCGUGCGCUGGAUCUCAUAGGCCACCUUCACUGCGACGUUUUUAAUCAAGAUAAAUUUUUAAUUAACGGAGUGGAAGUUAGAAUGAGACUCAUACGCUCCAAAGAUUCAUUUUGCCUUAUGGAGAGUAGAACGAUAUCAAAAAUACGUAUUCUCGAUGCCAGUUUACUCGUAAGAAGAGCAAAAAUAAGUCCGGGUGUGCUACUCUCGCACGCUAGAAUGCUGAGUAAAACUACCGCCAAGUACCCCCUUACGAGAGUCGAAGUUAAAACAUUCACAAUACACGCCGGCGUCGUGGGGGAAUCGAUAGACAAUGCAAUACUCGGACAGUUGCCGAAACGAAUAAUAGUCGGCUUUGUCGAUAACAAAGCGUUUAACGGCGAUAGAAAAUUGAACCCGUUUAAUUUCAAAAAUUACAGAAUAAAUUUCUUUUCGCUGUACGCCGAUGGCAUGCAAAUUCCCAGUAGACCAUUACAGCCAAAUUUUUCGAAAGACGAUCCGCUCUACGUUGAAGCUUAUCACACAUUAUUCUCGGGAACCGGUAUUCACUUUCUGAACGAGGGUAAUUCUAUAAGCAGAGACGAUUACGCCAACGGCUACACUCUUUUCGCUUUCGAUCUUACUCCGGAUCUAUCCGCUAAUUGUGCGGGACAUUGGAAUCUCGUGAAACAUGGAAGCUUGCGAAUAGAAGUGAGAUUCGAAAAAGCUCUUUCCGUGACUAUUAAUUGUAUCGUCUAUGCCGAGUUCGAUAACGUUUUAGAAAUCGACUCCUCGCGUCAAGUCAUUGUCGACUUUUCCGAAUACGAUCAUAUGUAUUCUCCCAUUCUUCCGGGAGAAAAACAAGAGGAAGAACAGGAGGAGGAGGAGCAGGAGGAAGAGGAAACCGUGGAAGGAGAAGAAAAACGCGAAGCUACAGAGCAAGAGGAAGAACGAGUGGAAGAGCAGGAGGAGGAGGAGGAGGAGGAGGAAACCCAAGUGGGAGAAGAAGGAGGACAUAUGGAAGAGGAAGAAGAGGAGGUUCAAAGAGAAACUCCUACAGAAGUGAACAUUCACGAGGAGCCACAAGGUGGAGGAGGACGAGUCUCCCUGGCUUAA